AUGAACGCGCAUUUGACACCAAAUCCUCUAGAUUACUGGACCCCGUGCCUCGCCAAGGGAAAGAAGAUUGUCUUACCAUACCAACGGUGUUUUUAUUCGCUAUAUAUACAUUCAAGUGACGUUGGGGGAUCGAAUAUAACAUUUCAUGGAAUAGAAUUCUUUGGAAGGGUCGUUUCUGUAUCUUCUCUGUCUCUGCUCUUUGGUUGAGGAAAGAGCCCUGCCGCUUGCGUUGUCAGGCCAGUUUUGGUUGUUCUGAGGAACAACAGUAGCUUCCCGUGCUUACUUUGCACUGUCAAAGUCUAUUCUUUGGACGGAAAUACAAUGCCAGGAGACAUCAAAGUGAAUAUUGUUGGUGUAAGAAUCAACAAUCGGCCAUGAUGUCGGUGGAACUUCAUUUUGUUAUGGGAUAACUGGGAUAUCGUUGCCAUAAUAACGGGAUGAUCAUCAAUCAUUUCAGUUGAACAGUAUUUGAAAUCAUUCUGAAUUGUUAUAAUACUGUAACAUAUUGAAUAUGCCACCUCAUAGUCUGCUUGACUCACAAGAAUACCAAGGGACCUAAGUAAACACAACAGUUCAAGUCCUAUGCGGUAGAACGCACGGAUGAUCUUCGUGUUGCUGGAUAUUCAUUCCUUUGUCAACUGUCUAUCUGAAGAAGGCAGGCGUGAAAAUGGCAUCCUUUUUCAAUUUCCGUAAAAUCUUUAAAUUAGGUGCUGAGAAGAAGAAGAAACAGUAUGAGCAUGUCCACAGAGACGAGAACCCAGAGGAGAUAUGGGAGAUCAUUGGAGAACUGGGGGAUGGAGCCUUUGGGAAAGUCUAUAAGGCCCAGAACAAGCAAACAGGCAUUCUGGCUGCAGCUAAAGUGAUCGACACCAAGACGGAGGAGGAGCUGGAGGACUAUAUGGUAGAGAUCGAUAUCCUGGCCUCCUGCGACCAUCACAACAUAGUGAAGCUGCUGGACGCCUUCUACUACGACAGCAAGCUAUGGAUCCUAAUAGAGUUCUGUGCGGGUGGAGCGGUGGAUGCCGUCAUGCUGGAGCUAGAGAGGCCCCUGACGGAGCCCCAGAUCCGGGUGGUGUGUAAGCAGACCCUCCAGGCCCUCCUCUACCUCCACGACAACAAGGUGAUCCACAGAGACCUGAAGGCUGGGAACAUCCUGCUAUCCCUGAACGGAGACGUCAAACUGGCUGACUUUGGUGUGUCGGCCAAAAAUACCAAAACACUACAGAGGAGAGACUCUUUCAUCGGGACGCCAUACUGGAUGGCCCCGGAGGUGGUGAUGUGUGAGACGUUUAAGGACCGUCCGUACGACUACAAGGCUGACAUCUGGUCCCUGGGGGUGACUCUGAUCGAGAUGGCCCAGAUUGAGCCUCCCAACCACGAGAUGAACCCAAUGAGAGUCCUGCUGAAAAUAGCCAAGGCCGAUCCUCCUACCCUGAUGCAGCCGUCGCGCUGGUCUCCCGAGUUCAGUGAUUUCCUAAGAAAGUGUCUCGAUAAGAAUGUGGACAACAGAUGGAAUGUGGCACAACUUCUACAGCAUCCAUUUUUGAGUACUGUGACCGACAGCAGACCGCUGAGGGAGCUGAUCGCUGAAGCAAAGGCUGAGGUUUACGAGGAGAUUGAGGAACACAAGGAGGAAGAGGAGGAGGAGGAUGGCGAGACACAACGGGGUCACAAACGUGAGCCGUCCGAUGCCAGUGUUGCCAGCACAGAGGAUGAGAAACUCCCUCAGUCUCCCUCAGCCUCCAUCCUGGAGUCUUUACCGGAGAAGGCUGAACCGAUUAUCCCGACACCACAGAUUGUUGCAAAGGUCCCUGAACCAAGCGUCGCCAAGCCAGAGGAGAACCUGGUUGUGGACACGGGCUCCGUCGAGGAGCCUGCUGUCCCUGCAGAAGUGGAGAAAAUGGAUGAGACCCUUGCUGUUCCAAUGAAUGGAGAGGCAGCAGAAGCCAGUGAGAAACCAGUAGAGGUGACGGAAGAGGAGGAGAAGGUUCCAGAAAUAACAGAGGUUUCCCCAACAGAACCCAGUGAGAAACCAGUAGAGGUGACGGAAGAGGAGGAGAAGGUUCCAGAAAUAACAGAGGUUUCCCCAACAGAACCCAGUGAGAAACCAGUAGAGGUGAUGGAAGAGGAGGAGAAGGUUCCAGAAAGAACAGAGGUUUCCCCAACAGAAGCCAGUGAGAUAGCUUCUUCAGACCCAGCUGAGAAACCAGCAGAGCCCCAACCAGAAGGAACCGUUUCCAAUGCUGAAGUCACCAUAGGGGACAAGGAGAUGGAGCAACUGGCCAUAUCCAAUCAAGAUGAAAAGGAAGUGGACACAGCUGAGGUCCAGACGAAUGAGAUCACUGCAGAAGGGUCAGAGGCCAAGGAAGAGCCAACAGAAGGCAAGAUGGAAGUUGAGGAAGAACCAGCCAACGAGGAGCCUAGCGGGGAAGCAAAUGUUACCGUGACAACCCCAGAGGAGACUAAGGUGGACGACAAACUCACACCUGCAUUUUCAGCGGUCUGGAAAAAGGAGGAAGGAGAGAAAGAGAGAGUGGAGUAUAAGCCAACUACGGAGACACGGACUCCAGUGAAGUCUAAGGAUGAGAAGGAGAGGGAUUCGGAUUCUGGGAGUAGUUCUGCUGCAGAUAACGGCAGCAUAGACAUGAACCUGUCCAUCUCCAGCUUCCUGACCAAAACCAAGGAGCCAGGAACCCUCUCCAUACAGGACACCAAACGCCAGAAGAAGACACUGAAGAAGACCCGUAGGUUCGUGGUGGAUGGAGUCGAGGUUAGCGUGACGACGUCGAAGAUCAUCACCGACAAUGACACCAAGAACGAGGAGAUGAGGUUCCUCAGGCGUCAGGAGCUGAGGGAACUGCGUCUCCUGCAGAAAGAGGAACAGAGGGCCCAGCAGCAGCUCAGCAAUAAACUGCAGCAGCAGAAAGAGCAGAUCUGCCGCCGUUUCGAACAGGAGACGACCAGUAAGAAGCGCCACUACGACCAGGAAGUGGAGAACCUGGAGAGACAGCAGAAGCAGACCAUCGAGAGGCUGGAGCAGGAGCACACCAACCGGCUGAGGGACGAGGCCAAGCGCAUCAAGGCCGAGCAGGACAAGGAGCUGUCCAAGUUCCAGAACAUGCUCAAGAACCGCAAGAAAGAGGAGCAGGAGUUCCUGCAGAAACAGCAGCAGGAGCUGGACUGUGCCCUGAAGAAGAUCAUCCAGCAACACAAACACGAGCUGGCCACCAUCGAGAGAGACUGUCUCAACCACAAACAACAGCUCCUCAGAGCACGGGAAGCAGCAAUGUGGGAGCUGGAAGAGCGUCACCUACAGGAGAAACACCAGUUGUUUAAACAACAGCUGAAAGACCAGUACUUCAUGCAGAGACACCAGCUGCUCAAGAGACACGAGAAGGAGAUGGAGCAGAUGCAGCGCUACAACCAGCGUCUCAUUGAGGAGAUGAAGAACAGGCAGACACAGGAGAGGGCCCGCUUACCCAAGAUCCAGCGCAGCGAGGCCAAGACUCGCAUGGCCAUGUUCAAGAAGAGCCUCCGAAUCACUGGGGGCCCCAUCACACCCGAGCAGGAGAGGGAGAAGGUCAAACAGUUUGCAGCCCAGGAGGAGAAGAGGCAGAAGAAUGAGAGGCUCCACCAGCACCAGAAACAUGAGAACCAGAUGAGAGACCUGCAACUGCAGUGUGACGCCAACAUCCGGGAGCUGCAGCAGUUACAGAAUGAGAAGUGCCACAUCCUGAUAGAGCACGAGACCCAGAAGCUGAAGGAGCUGGAUGAGGAGCACAGCCAGGAGCUGAAGGAGUGGAGGGAGAAACUACGACCCAGGAAGAAGGCUCUGGAGGAAGAGUUUGCCAGGAAGCUUCAGGAGCAGGAGAUCUUUUUUAAGAUGAGUGGAGAGUCAGAGUGCCUUAACCCCUCAGCCCAGAGCCGCAUCUCCAAGUUCUACCCCAUUCCCAGUGUCCACUCCACUGGCUUCUAGGGGUUAACCCAUUCAUGGCACUCCGGAUGGACAUAAACAUAUAUCCACACCCACAUAUUGAAGGCAUACACAAUGAAUAGAUACACACACACACACACACACACACACAUACAAAUAGACUGGCGCACACACACACACACACACACACACACACACACACACACACACACACACACACAGACUAAUAAGACUGAGCCUCUGCUGCCUUGCCCCGUUUCCACUGAUGACAAUCAGGGGGACGAAGGGGCGAUAUCUCAGAGGGGUGUGUUUGUACCCCUCUAUCGGCUUCCGAACGAGGAUGGGACAGUAGCCCUCAAGCUAUAGACGGUGUUAAUCAUGAAGACCCUUUUAAUGGUGAUCUGUUAUACAUAAUUUACCCCCUUUUCAUUAUAUAGGGUCGUGUUCAGUCGGGCACACCGUAGCAACAGUUUGAAUUUGUGUUCUUAUUGUAGAAGUAGUACCUCCCCAUUUCACUCCAUUUCAAAUCAUUUUCUACUGACUGAACAAAACCCAGUUUUAUUUCUUAUAGCUUCCUCUUUUGAAAUAAGUUAUGAAGGAGAUUCUUGACAUUAUGCAUUUUCAAAUUUGAUACUUUGGCACUGUGUUCCUCAAAUCUUAGUCUCCCAAGUCACGAAAGUGUCUCAAGGCAGAUUCUAUUUUUUUUUUUAUUGCUGAUUCCUUUUCAUUUGUGAAUCUUUUUUUUUGUUUCUUCCUUGAAUAAUCUAGUGCCUGUAUACUUUUAUUUCAAUGGACUGGCUUUUCAAAUGUAAGCUUCCUCUGGAGGAAAAAAAACUUGCUGCUCGAUUUUUAUCCCAUUAGUUAUUUGCACUAAAUCAGGGCUGCCCAACCCUCUUCCUGAUUCAGCUAGUUAGGGUCUUGUUGAGCAGCUAAUUAGUAGAAUCAGGUGUGUUAAAUUAGGGUUGGAUUGAAAACCCACAGGACGGUAGACCUCCAGGAAGAGGGUUGGGCAGACCUGCACUAAAUAAAAAGGAUGAAGGAACAUUUUGUACCAGAAGUCUAAUAUAAUGAACUUAUAUAUUCAAUAUCUAUGGUGAUGUUUGAGAGAGCUAAUGAUCUGAUAAGAAUGUACUUUUGGUAAAGGAUGAAAAGCACAUUUUUUUAAUAAUGAAUCUUGACAAAGGCAUGAUAUAUUUUAUAUGCAAUCACACACAUCUUGACAAGAUAUUGAAUUUAGUUUCCAAUGAACUAGGGAGUGACUGCCUGAAGUUAAGCAUGGAUUUCAAUGCAAGUUUGACUUCUUAUGUUAUAAUUAUGGUAUCAAAUGUUAUUUUUUUGGAGCUUAUUAACAACAGUUUGGGAUUUAUAUUUUUCUGUCGGAAAUGGUUCCUUUCUUCUAGCCUGGAAUCCAAACCGAAUCACUACUUUCACUGUUGUUUUACUUGAACAUUGGUGAAACUGUUGAGAUUCCCAGGCUAGUAUCUUUCUUCAGGUUUCAUGAGCAUGCCUUUCAUCUUCAGCACAACUCUUGAGAUUUGUUUCUCUCUUUUUGAAAUUUGGCGUAGUCGGCGAGUGGCCAUUUUUGUUUUAGCAUACCAAGGAGGGGCUAUUAAAAUGGUGUUUGUUUAUAUAUCCAGACAGAGACGAGGUUUUCACUGUGGUUACUCAAAUGGGGGCGUUAUAUAAUUCGAUAGAAAUCUGUGAGGACCUAUAUGAAGGUCUGUUUUGUUAGAAUUUCAUGCAAAUGUUUGGUAUGUCUGUGUAUUGUUUAUGAAAUUGCUUCCCAUUACCAUAUUCUUCAGUUGACCUGCAUGGCUUUUGGGUUUGUUUGUAAGGAAACUAUGAUACUGUUUUAUUAUUAUUCAUACUAGCUAAUAGCCUUAGUGUUUUCAACCAAAUGUAUGAAGAUACGGUAUUCAUGUUGUGGCCCUCUGUGUAGUUAUUUUAAUCAGACUUAGUUCAAGUCCCGCCCCAAGUGAUCUUUAUAUCCGUAUAGCCUCUACUGUAUCAUAGUCAAAUGUUUUGUUCGUUACUUAUUUAAUCUAAGGAUAAUGAAUAUGACGUUAUCAUGAGUUGAACAGUUUUGAUAACAUUUUCAGAACUAUAGUUUUAGCUUAUUUUAUGAUAGAUAUGCAUGAUAUUCUCAAGUGGUGGUAGCCUAUAACCUUCAAUACAGUUGAAAAUAAUUUGUUAAAAAGGAACUGUUGGACCUGACUGGUUUAGGCCAUCAUGACUUCUGAUUGGUCCAUUUGUUAUCUCACCCUUUUGUGAUUGGCUGCAGGAACAACAAUCAGUCGAUGCCAUUUUAUAAUUGGUCUGUAAUAGUGGCAAACAAAAACAAAACAUCAUACACAAUGAAGGAGUGCUGUGCACCUUACACAAAAUGAAGAUACUCUGGAAAUGUAUCUUUACGCUACAGUAUUGUAGUUUCCUCAAUUGUCAAAUAGUUGAAAUUUAAACUGAAUUGAAAAUAUAAUUAAAUACCAAUCAUGUCAAUAUGUGUUGUUAUUAGUGUCAUGAUUUCCUUCUGAUUUUCAAAUUGUAUCAUGAUUGAUUUCAGAAUGUUUGAAAUUGAACUACCAUUAAAAAAAUGUUUACUUUAUAGUUUAUAGAAUGACUUAUGUACUGUAGAUUUACAUUGUUCUGUAAAUAAACAAUUUCCUGUAUACAA